AGAAUUCAGUAUCAUGAAUCAAGCUUAUUCAAACUGUUUCAUAUUUCUUGUGUGUUGCCCCCAUAAAUAUUAAAGAGUUUACCAGUGUGUGUCGUCCCAUACAAAACAUAGAAUUUUUCAUUUUCUUUUGUGUGUGUUGCCCCCAUAAAAUACUAUAGAGUUUUCCAGUGUGUGUUGUCAAUAUCAUGAAUCUGAUAUCUAUUUCAGGGCAAGCAACCAGUAUCCCUUCCCUAAGCAAGCUCCACACACCAGCUGUAAAUCAACAAAUCACAACACUACCUCCAGCAUGCCUCCUCCAACAUGCAGGGGAUCAACAAAUCACAGAACAGCAGGGCAGAGGACAACAAGUGUAUAUGUGUCAUAUAAAAUUACAGGACAAACUACAAAGAGCGUGAAAAGAUCCAGCCGACAAGCAACCAGUAUCCCUUCCCUAAGCAAGCUCCACACACCAGCUGUAAAUCAACCAAUGACAACACUACCUCCAGCAUGCCUCCUCCAACAUGCAGGGGAUCAACCAAUCACAGAACAGCAGGGCAGAGGACAACAAGUGUAUAUGUGUCAUAUAAAAUUACAGGACAGACUGCUCAGAGCGUGAAAAGAUCCAGCCGACAAGCAACCAGUAUCCCUUCCCUAAGCAAGCUCCACACACCAGCUGUAAAUGAACACAUCACAACACUACCUCCAGCAUGCCUCCUCCAACAUGCAGGGGAUCAACAAAUCACAGAACAGCAGGGCAGAGGACAACAAGUGUAUAUGUGUCAUAUAAAAUUACUGGACAAACUACACAGAGCGUGA